AUACGAAUUGAAGCACGGAUACACACACUGCUGUCAAUCAACACAAAAGUAAAGCACGGACAACAAAGGUUAUUUUGCGUUCUCGUCUGAAAAUCAGGAGGGAAACAUACGUGGAAAUGUGGAAUCUUAGUUGGAGGAUAGGUCUGAGUGGGCCGAUUCCGUAUGGGGUAUUUUCAAAAGGCAGGCCUGUUAGAUCUGUUCGGCUCCUGGGCUUCCGCCUUCAAUUUAGCACAAGAACAGCCCAUGGAGCCCACACCCCAGAGGUUCAGCCCUACCUGUAACCUGUCAGGCAUCUCCCUUCUCCGCAAACCGUUUCGCAUCUCCGCUACCCCCAGCCAAGUCGCUCCCGGUGGCUCCGUUCUCCGCGCCUUCGUUCCCCCUCGGUUUUCCUGCUGUUUCGCCUCGGUCCUGCUUGCUGGUGCUGCAGAUCUGCGUUCGCCGGCCCCUUCUCCCUGCUAUCGCAUGCCAGCCAGGCGCCCACGGGCACGGCCAGCCCCCACCCCACAGGCGUGGCACUGCCCCUGUCCGGCUGUUCCUUGCUUUUGCUUGCCUGUGCCUGCUCCUGUUGGGCUUCGGCACCUGCACAGAGGAGACAGAGGUAUACAGAGCCACGCAGCCAAGGAUUUCGAAUUCGUGACUUGUUGGAGUUUCUGAAUGGCCAGCCCAGGGGAUGCGGAGGGCAUCACCAUCUCCAUGGGGGAGCUGAGCGUAGAAGCAGCGACUUCGUCAGCUAACGGCGGUGGUGAUGUUGCCGCUGUCGACCAGGAUGAUGUGUGGGAAGAUGUUUCAGAUUCUCAUGGGCACGCGUCUACCUUAGACAGAGAAUGGAUCCACAGGCAGAACCAGUUUCAAAAGAUGGGCUAUCGGGACGGAAUAACACAAGGGCAGAAGGACUCUGCCCAGGAAGGCUUCAAUGCUGGGUUCAGGCAAUCUGUAAACGCUGGCUACAAGUGGGGCCUUGUUCGCGGGGUUGCCAGUGCGCUAGCCAAUCUUCCAGACAGCUUGAAAGAGAAACUGGUGCCGGACGUCCAGUGCAGAGGGAAACUACAGGAUCUGCACAGCUCCGUGCGAGAAAUAUCAGCAGAUGACGCUCUCCAGAUGUUCCACGAGAGUAUCCGCCAGAGUAACCCUCCGUCAGAGGGGUCAGGAUCAUAUGUAGUAGCAUCAGCCACCGAUGGAGCUACGGAACCAAACAGGAUGAAAAGCCUACCGAAGGAUCUCGUGUUGUUGCUGCGUGAAUGCUCGGAUAUCAAAGUCAGCAAGGAGUUGGCGUGGGAUUCAUGAACAAGGCGACUCAGAAAUUCCAACCACUACAAGUGUGGCAGAAUCACACUGAGUUCCCAGAUUACUGAACGCCUACCUGGGCUGAUGGAUGAAUGUGAUUCGGGGAUUUUGUUUUGGAAGUGACUGAGAUACUCGAAAGGUUCAGGGACCUCGAAUCGAAUGUGUCUGUAGUAAUGCAGAUUUUUAUUCCAUAUUUCCCUUUUUUUUGCUGCAACCUGUAACUAGAAUUGUAACUAUAAAUUUGCAGUUCUUAAACAAUUGUAAUGUUUUUUUUUCUCUCCCUGAAUUCUGUCAUCUUCCUGAACAAUGGUCUUCAUGUGGAAGUAUAGUAUUUUGCCACGUUU